AAUAAAAAUAAUAAUAGUACGAAAGCAGGAAUACAGAAAUGAAAGGAUUUAAUAACAAAUAUCAGCUGAAAUGCUUUAAUAGCAGCAGGCCACCAUUACUAACAAAAGGAUUCAAAUGUAAAAGAACAACAAAACAAGCAAACCCUUUAUGGCAACGUAAAAAUGUUUGCAGACCAUUAAUGCUAAGGGAAGAGAAGAAAUAUCAGCAAGAACAACAACAACAACAACAACAAAAAGAAAAAGAAAAACUCAGGCAUAAAACUUGGGUUAGUUUGGCAUGCCAAUCUAACGCAUUUACUAACAAAAACUGCAAAAAUAUCUUCAAACACUAUCAUCACUAUUGCAUGUUACAGCAUGCAUAUAAAAUUCAUUUGCAUACGGGUCGCGUUAAAGUGAAAAAUUUUUGGAAACAUUUUAGCGAAAAAUGGAAAUAUAAGUUUCGUUGGCAUAACCAACAAAUAACAAAUAGAUGGAGAUACUGCAAUACAAAUAAUAGCUACAGUGAUAGAACUAGCAGCAAUGGCACUAACACAAGUAGUAACAGUAGCAGCAAUCGUAGAAAUAAUGUCAACUGUCAUGAUACCAACAACAUUAAGAGCAACAACAAUAACACUGCCACUCUUAUAAGAGAUAAUGUAACUGAAAUCAACACAACAAACACUAUUAAUAUGAGCAACAAUGUUACAAAUGGCAAAAGUAAACAAAUUAUGUCAACGUUUGAAAAUGAUCGAAAAGACAAUUUUCUUAUAAAAUGUUGGCAAAGAGGUGCCAACUCAACAGACCAUCGACAAGAGCAAAUGAAACAACGAGAAGAAAAGCUCCACUUACACAAGUCUGAGCAUACGCAAUAUAGUAAAAAAUUUUCAAGCUCUUAUCAAAGUUUAACAAACGCCCUUAACAACACCUCCAGUACACUUGCGUUUAGAAAAAAAAAUAUUGAAAAUUCUUUUAAAUUAAACGCUUUAUUGUCAGCAUCGUCAACGUUGCCGCCGCCAUCGUCAUCGUCAUCGUCAUCGUCAUCAUCAUUGGCAUUGUCGCCAUCGUCGCCAACGUUAUCACCCAUACUAAGAAUAAGCUUACAAUCCUUGGUUAUAAUAAUGUUUGCCUUGAUUUUAAUUUAUUCAUGCACAUGCACACAAGCCAUACGUUUGGCCAAUAGCUUAACGAAAAGUUCGUCCAGCAAUCGAGAACAAUUAUAUAUCGGCCUGAUAGCACCUCAUACAAAUUUCGGUAAACGUGAAUAUUUACGUGCCAUACACUCAGCCGUAUCGGGUUUAAAUAAAACACGCGGCGCCAAAUUAACCUUUUUAAAGGAUUAUCAAUUUGAACCAAGAAAUAUACGCUUUGACAUGAUGUCGCUGACGCCAUCGCCGACAGGAUGAAAAUGUUGCAGGAAUAUUCCUCGAACCAAACUAAUACGUCUUCUUUUAUGGCCUUUACGUUGUCGCGGCUCGAGUAA